AUGUCUGUCCGACCAAAGGAAGUUGACUGACCACAUUAAAUUUGAGAUUUAAAUAAGCUAAACAAAACGUAUCGUAUUCUCAGCUGAUAACAGAAAACAUCACACAAACACAAAGAAACCAAUGUGUCCACCGUCCAGAGUUUAGUGCUUCUUUUCUUUUAUUCUUAGCUAACGUAGUGUACUGUCUGCUCAAAUAGGUGCCAUUAUGAAUUAUUGUUUGUUUUUAUUGUUCCUGUUCCUAGCAAUUUUUUGUGGUAGUCAAGUUUCAGGUCGGUCAUACUAUGUACUGAGUAGCAGCGAAUCCAAUGAUUUGGAAACAGAAAUUUCAAAUAGGAUAAACCUGUUCGAAGAUCCCAAACAUGUUUUGUACAAAAUAGGAGAUGACGUCAUUUUCAGCGAAUUAAAGGAUGUUGAAACCAGCCCACCAACAACGCCUAGAACAACUUCAACUACACAUCCUUAUACGACGACAGCUACUACUACAACAACGACUUACCCAACUACAACUACACCAACAACGCCUUACACAACUUCAACUACAACACCCUAUACGACUACAGCUACACUACCACUACAACAACGAGUUACCCAACUACAACUACACCACCAACGACUUACCCAACUACAACUACACCACCCUAUACGACUACAGCUACCACUACAACAACGACUUACCCAACUCCAACUACACCACCAACGACUUCAACAACUUCAACUACAACAUCGCCUACAACUCGCCAUACAACUACAACAACGCCAAGACCUGGACCACCAAAUAUUAUAAUUAAAAAUUGCAUCAAAUGUAUAUUUUUAAAUAUAAAUAUGUAAUUUGAAUCUUUUGUAAUGGUAGAAAAUGGUAAAAUAGUAAAAAUUAAGCUUGUAUUUGAAUAACUAAAUGACCUGGUAAAGUAAUACCGUGCAAAAGAAAGCAUUUUUAUGUAAAUUAAGAGAUAAACCGUUUGUUUUAAAUAAAAUUACUUGAAUAUUU